UUGCCCCUAGCAUUUUCGCAGCUAUCGGUACCAAGCCUCUUGCUUUCGCUUUCGCUUCGCAUCCUAGCUGAACCUAGUUCAAAAUAAUCUAGAAUGUGCCAGUUUGGCUUCAUAGCAAACAAUAUACUGGAAAAGAUAUAGUUGAUUUCGCUUAGCGCGCUACGAACCAGCAGGGUGCGGGCGGGAGCACGAUGCCAAACCGGGGCGACCGCACCUCCCCAACCACCCCCCGAACGGACGAGCCAAGCUCGCUGGCGGUAGAGCAGCCCAAUGUGUUUCGGCUGCAGUUACGACCCGUGGAGGACCCGGAAGGAUUCAAGCCUAGCGUGCAGCUUGUGUCGAGGGAGUUCGCCACGCGGUACCUGGAGCAAGUCGGGGUUAGGCCAAGCAAGGCGACCCUUGACCUGGUGAACCGGAAUGUGCCACUCUCGGAGGCCCAUAUCAAAACUACGCUGCGAGCUAAGGGCCAUGUGGAGGACGAGUUGCAUAUCACGGUGCCGCCCGUGAACCACUCAUACAAGGUGCCUGUCUUCAUCAACCCGGCGGCGGUGCUGCAGCUAGGCAUUGGCAACAAGGUGCUGGGAGCCGCCGCAGAUGAGGCGAGCGACGUGGGCACCCGAGUCGCGGAUAGCAGCGAGGCGGUUGGUGCUGGCGAGCCUGGCGGCGAGGGAAAGCCAGCUGGCGGCAGCGCAUUUCUGGACAUGGCAGCUCGCUACCUGCACCCCUUCAACCUGGACCUCACCCUAGCCCGUCAGAACCUCACCGCGCUGUACGCUGCGGCCAGGCAGCGAACGGCAGCGGCGGAUGACGGAGAAGACGCGGGCACGGGCAAGGAGCGCCGCUCCCAUGGGCGCAGCAGCGGCAGCGCUGGCGGGCUCGGUGGCGGGAUGGACAACGCGCCGUCAACAUCGGGGCAUGGUAGCUCCGGGAGGGAGUACAGCGCUGGCAGCAGUGCCGGUGGCGGCGGUGGGGCCGGGAGUUCUGGAGGGCACGGCAGGCGCAGCACUGUUGCGCCUGUCAGCUGGCCGCGGACCUCCAGCGGGCGGCUUGUGACCCCGCAGGAGCACGCGGAGGCUAUGGCCAGUGGCCUGGGAGCCACACAGCCCCCCGGCAGCAGGCAACAGCAGCAACAGCCUGCGCAGGGGCAGCAGCAGCAGCGCCAGGGCUCGCACGACAACACACGCGCGGAAGUGGUGGACGAGUUGCUGCAGCCGCUGCUGGUGACACCCGAGGUGGUGCUCACACUUCAGGCACAGCUGGAGUCUGCGCUGGCAGACUGGCAUCGGCACCAGGCGCCGGAGGCGCUGAAGGGGCGGCUGACGCCGGAGGAGUUUGCUCGCACGCAGGAGGAGCUGAGCAGCGAGGGCAGCAUCAGGAUGCUCAUCACGCUGGCCAACUUCAUGCACGAGGAGCUGGUGCGGGGCCACGCAGACUACCCACACCACCUGGACGCCAGAGGAAUGCAUAGCCGAGAUGGUUUGCAUGCCAGCACCAGUCGCCGGCACACCGACAUCUGGGAGGAGCGCGGCCUGCUGCCGCGCAAUAGCUCCGCAGGCGAGGGCGUCACAGGCGGCGGCGGUGCCACCAGCCGCCGCUCCAUCGGCCACGCGCACCAGACCAGCAUCAGCACGCAGCAAAUGACCAACCUACAAAAGUAUGACCUGGGAUACCAGGCCUACGUGCGGCAGAAGCUGGACCAGGGGCCGCCGGGAGGGCCGCCGCAGUCCGCGGCCACAACGAUGGCGGGUGGCGGCGGCGGCGGUGGGAGAGGGGCGCGUAAUGGUGCAGCCUCGCCCCUCACGGCCGCCGGCGGCGGCGGCGGUGGCGGCGGUGGCGCGGCUGGGGCCCGAGGGGCAGGCAGCCCGCCGGGGCUUGGUGACAAUGCGCGCGGCGUGUCCUUUGCAGUCGCACCGCAUUACCAGUCCGUGCCGCACAGCCCUGCGCAUGCCGGCGGCGGCCGGAGUGCGCCGGACUCGCCUUCCAACGUGCACGCCCGCGGUGGCGGCCUAUUGGGGCCACUCAACCUGCCCGGCACGCUGCGGUCGGGCGCUUCCUCGCCCGCGCACACGCACCACGGCGGCGCGCACGGGCAGCACAGCCGCACCAACGCGCCCUCCACUGCGGGCUCAGCCCACACGCACACGCACGCGCCAGGGUCUGCAGGCAGCUCAUUGGGAUCCAUGCCCGGCCUGCCGCCGCGUGUGGGCCGCGCGCUGAAGCACAGCGCCUCCUUCGCGCUGGCCACCGCCGCCAACACCGCGCGCUCCAUACACGCUGCCCUGGACGCUACUGACUCAGGAGCGCUGCAGCGCGAGCGCUUGUUUGCGUUACACGUGGAUUGGGCGGGGCGCUUCAAGGGCCUGCGCCAGAGCCGCAGCGGCAUGUUCUUCACGCUGCCCAUCUUGCUGCUGUCCAUGCGCCUGUGCGUCAACACGCUCUUCUCCACGCUGUACCCCAUCUGGACGCGCAUGCCGGAGGGAGCGCAGGUGCUCGAGGACAUGGACGCCGCCAUCUGCGCCCUGUUCGACCCACACGGCUACUUGGCCCGCGCGCUGAGCCUGCUGCAGAGCACGCCCUCCGCCAUCGAGGCCGUGACACGGCAUCCACAGCGUCGCGGCAAAGAGCGCCGCCACUUCAACGAUACGUCGCCGCUCAUGCAGGCCACCCUGCAUGGCGCCAUGUCCUCAGGUGCCCGCAAGCUCAUGCUUUCCAACGCCAACCAGCCGGCGGGCCUGGCUAAGCUGAGGACGCAGCUCACGUCGGAGCAGCGGGCGGCGCUGUUCGCCCGCGGGCUUCAAUGGAUGACACAGCCGGACCCGUUGCUGUCUCAGAUUGGCGAACCACAGCUGGUGGGGCGACUGUACCAAGAGGUGUCCAUGUAGUAGGCCGCAGCCGCAGCAGCCCCUGUGAUUUGUGACACGUCACGCAGGAGUAGUAGAGUUAUGCGUAUCAAUAACCUUGGACGGACAUAACGUGAGUCACAUGACUGUUUCACCUGUUUGGACGCAGCUAGACCAGAGACGUAUGCAUGCAGGAGCAAGUGUGCAGAACAUAGAUUCGCAAGUAAUAGGAGAUCAUAGUGCAAGUGGUCGAGCAGAGGCGUGGGGCAUGAGCUGACUGGUCAGUUUACCAGGGGAGGGACCUCCCCUGCAGUAAGCGCUACGACAGCGUGCGGGUCACAGGCGCCAGGCUUAUUCAAAAGGAUGCAGUACAAACGGCGAUGACACGAGUCGGUAAUGAUUUCUAUGUGUAUUGUGAUUCGGCUGGCAAGGAGCACCUUGAACAAGCCCUGUUAGCCCUCCAAUCAAUGCAGAUCAAUGCAGACGCUUUCCUGCCCCUUGCCAUGUUCCAUCACGCUAGGGGCGGAUUUUGGCGACCACGAGUUCACGUACGGUACGGAAGCCACUCCCGGCCGGUGAGGGCACGGUCGAGCCAAAGCGAGCAUGAAUUCACUCGGCCACAUACAAACAUGUAAUUGCUUUGGAGCGCACCCCAGGGUGAAACGCGAGGCUCUGCCGACCAGCAGCAUAUUCAUGAGCGGGGCCCUUUUCAACUUCUCAAUGCUUUAUCAUUGAAUUGCCUAUUUUGGAUUAUAAAUAGUGGUGUGGAAAUCGUUACGGGGAGCCAAAAGCAGCUCUUCGUGUACAUGGUCAGGGCAUGUCGCCGCAUGUCGCGCGCUUGACGAGCGGGCGGGUCACCCCAGAGCUUAAAACAACAUACCGUAGCAUUUAGAUGUCACACAAAGACAUUCGGGAUUGUUUGGGCUUUUGACGGUGCGGCGGGUAUGAAUGCGGAUGUUACAGAGGGGACAGUCCCAGCACCCGAAGACGCCGAGCCAUCACAUGCUAUCAGGGCCCAACUUGACUCCACCAACCCCGACUUUGCUGGCGGGUAUGGGCACGCCCUGAUGCGAGACCGGGUGGCGUGCGUGGGGAGGCCUGCCGUGAGAGGUUUGCCCUCCCCACCUUGCCCUGCCGGUGCCUCCGUAUCAUGCCCAACCAGUCGAGCGGGGGAUGACGCGACGUGUUACGUUGGCUUUCCCUGGACCAUGUCCUGGACAUCUUACUCCGCGCUGCUGCAGGCUCCCAACCCAAGAGAUGGGGAAGCUCCAUGGGGCACCGUUCAUGCCCACACUUU